AUGGUAGGUUCUCCCAGAAAAGGCCCGGGAUCCCGGCGCUUGCUGCUGUCGCUUCUGCUCCUCGCAGCCUGGGAGGCCGGGAGCGGCCAGGUCCACUACUCCGUCCUCGAGGAGGCCAAACACGGCACCUUCGUGGGCCGCAUCGCGCAGGACCUGGGGCUGGAGCUGGCCGAGCUGGUGCCGCGCCUGUUCCGGGUGGCGUCCAAAGGCCGCGCGGACCUUCUGGAGGUGAAUCUGCAGAACGGCAUUUUGUUCGUGAAUUCUCGGAUCGACCGCGAGGAGCUGUGCGGGCGGAGCGCGGUGUGCAGCAUCCACCUGGAGGUGAUCGUGGACAAGCCGCUGCAGGUUUUCCACGUGGAGGUGGAGGUGAGGGACAUUAAUGACAACCCACCGGUGUUCCCGGGAUCACUGAAAACAUUGUCCAUUUUAGAAUCUAGGCCGCUAGAUUCUCGGUUUCCACUAGAGGGCGCGACUGACGCGGACAUCGGCUCCAACGCUUUGCUAACGUAUAGGCUCACGCCCAGUGAUUAUUUUUCGCUGAAUGUAAUUUCGAAAAACUAUCCAAAUAAAUUGGUAGUACUCGUAUUAAAGAAAUCAUUAGACAGAGAGGAAAUUCGUGAGCACUCCUUGUUACUAACAGCCACAGACGGGGGCAAACCUGAACUCACAGGCAGCGUUAAACUGCUUAUCGAGGUACUAGACGUCAACGACAAUGCUCCUGAGUUUGACCAAUCGGUGUAUGAAGUAAGUCUUCGGGAAAAUGCCGUAAAUUGGACGUCUGUAAUAAAGUUAAAUGCUUCAGAUGUGGAUGAAGGUUCCAACCAAGAGAUCACCUACCACUUUAGUAGAGAUAAUUAUUUCAGGAUAACAGAAAUAUUCACCAUCAUUUUAAAUACUGGAGAAAUACGACUAAAAGGGAAUUUAGAUUAUGAAGAAAUCACCUCUUAUGAAAUCCUAGUGGAAGCAGCAGAUAAGGGGAGCCCACAAAUGAGAGGGCACUGCACAGUCCUAGUGAAUGUCUUAGAUAUCAAUGAUAAUGCCCCCGAAGUAUCAGUAACUUCGCUGUCUUUGCCGGUCAGAGAGGACGCUCCACACGGCAGCGUCAUUGCCCUGAUCAGCGUGUCCGACCGCGACUCCAGUGCCAACGGACAGGUGACCUGCACCCUGAUGCCCGAUGUCCCCUUCAAGCUGGUGUCCACAUUCAAGAAUUACUAUUCGCUGGUGCUGGACAGCGCCCUGGACCGGGAGAGCGUGUGGGCCUAUACGCUUAUGGUGACAGCUCGGGACGGGGGCUCGCCUUCCUUGUCGGCCACUGCUAGCUUGUCCGUGGAGGUGGCCGACGUGAAUGACAACGCACCGGCAUUCGAGCAGCCCGAGUACACGGUGUUUGUGAAGGAGAACAACCCGCCGGGCUGCCACAUCUUCACGGUGUCGGCACAUGACGCGGACGCUCAAGAGAACGCACUUGUGUCCUACUCGCUGGUGGAGCGGCGGGUGGGCGAGCGCGCGCUGUCGAGCUACGUGUCGGUGCACGCCGAGAGCGGCAAGGUGUACGCGCUGCAGCCGCUGGACCACGAGGAGCUGGAGUUGCUGCAGUUCCAGGUGAGCGCGCGCGACUCGGGCUUCCCGCCUCUGGGCAGCAAUGUGACGCUGCAGGUGUUCGUGCUGGACGAGAACGACAACGCGCCGGCGCUGCUGCCGCCUGGGUCGGGCGGCGUGAGCAGCUCUGCGAAUGAGCUGGUGCCGCUCUCAGUGGGUGCAGGCCACGUGGUGGCGAAGGUGCGCGCGGUGGACGCUGACUCCGGCUACAACGCAUGGCUGUCUUAUGAACUACAGCCGGCGGCUGGCGGCGGACGUAGUCCGUUCCGCGUGGGUCUGUACACCGGCGAGGUGAGCACGACGCGCGCCCUGGACGAGGCGGACGCGCCCCGCCAGCGCCUAUUGGUGCUGGUGAAGGACCACGGGGAGCCGCCGCUGAUGGCCACGGCCACAGUGCUGGUGUCACUAGUGGAGAGCGGCCAGGCUCUGAAGACGUCGUCGCGAGUGUCGUCGGGUGCCGCGGGACCCGAGGCGACGCUGGUGGAUGUCAACGUGUACCUGAUCAUCGCCAUCUGCUCAGUGUCCAGCCUGUUGGUGCUCACGCUGCUGCUGUACACCGCGCUGCGGUGCUCUGCGCCGCCCACAGAGGGCGCGUGGGGGCCGGGGAAGCCCACGCUCGUGUGCUCCAGAGCCGUGGAGAGCUGGUCCUACUCGCAGCAGAGGCCGCAGAGGGUGUGCUCUGGAGAGGGGCCGCCCAAGACCGACCUCAUGGCCUUCAGCCCCAGUCUACCUCCAGAUCUGAACGUGGCAGAAAGAAAUGAAUAUCCAGAAGCAAAUUCGGAUCUUUCCAGUAAUGUAAGUCCAACUUCGGAGCUUUAA